AGAACAUAAACUGUAGUGGGGAGAAGACGGAUGAAAAGAGCUCCAGUUAAGAUGCUAUUCUAAUUUAGUAUCUCCAACUGGAAUUUGGAAGGAUCACGUUAAGGAGAUAAAAAAGUGAAGCCGCCGGUAUCGUACUCUUGCUCGCAAGGGAAGACGGGAGAUGUAGUCCUCGUGACCGACCAGUGUGGCAAGACUGAAGAACUCGGUUUCCCAACCGGCUCUCGAGGCGCGUGCGCAGAUGGCUACCCCGACGAGUGGUAAACAGAGACGUCAGGCGGGGGCUGCUGCUUGGAGCAAAACAAAAGGGAAACCCGGGGGGCGGGGGGUGGGGGGGUUCCGACUGGGGAUUCGGUGCGGGAAUAAGGGAGGCUGGAGCGGCGGGACCCUUGACCCUAUUAGGAGUGAAGAGGAGGUAAGAGGCGGGGGGAAAGGGAGUCAGGGGAGGGACAAGUGACGCGGGGGGGGGCGCGGGGCGUGGGGGAGGGCAGCGAUCCGGGUGGAGGAAAUUUGGGAGGAGUGUCGGGGGGCAGCAACUUAAAAGGGGGAGGGAACUGAGCUGAGGAGACGUUCGGUGAUGGGAGCGCAAUGUAUGAGGGGUUCUGCUGCCUCUGGUUUAAAAGAGCAGGAAGCUGAGUGAGAGGUUGCAGAAAGUGCCUUCUCUAGGCAGAGGUUACAGGUGGUGUCUGGAAGAAGAGCUCCGGGGCUGCAGGCUGUAGUCGGGAAGGGGAUCGGAAAACUGUGUGGAAGGGACAGUUUGGGGGCUAGAGUCCUAGGGCGAGGGGGAAGUCCGUGACUUUCUGAGGACUGGCAGGAAUGUGCCUUCUGACCCUCGGUGCUUCCCCCCUGGGGGGAGGCAUGGUAAGGGACUGUGGCCGGCUUCACUGAACGCUGAGCCGCAGAGGUCCAACUCCACGUAUGGAUCCAGAGAAUAAGAAGUCAGCCACAGAGGCUGCGGCGAUCAUAGACCUCGAUCCCGACUUCGAACCCCAGAGCCGUCCCCGAUCCUGCACCUGGCCCCUUCCUAGACCAGAGCUCUCUACCGAGCCACCAGAACCGUCCGAGGUGGAGCCAGGUCUGGGAGAGAAGGUACACUCGGAGGGUUCCUCCGAGCCGAUCCUGUUGCCCUCUCGGCUUCCAGAGCCGGCCGGGGGCCCCCAGCCGGGGAUCCUGGGGGCUGUAACAGGUCCUCGGAAGGGAGGCUCCCGCCGGAAUGCCUGGGGAAAUCAGUCAUAUGCAGAACUCAUCAGCCAGGCCAUUGAAAGCGCCCCGGAGAAGCGGCUGACACUCGCCCAGAUCUAUGAGUGGAUGGUCCGCACGGUGCCCUACUUCAAGGACAAGGGUGACAGCAACAGUUCAGCAGGAUGGAAGAACUCCAUCCGCCACAACCUGUCCUUGCACAGCAAGUUUGUCAAGGUUCACAAUGAGGCCACUGGCAAGAGCUCUUGGUGGAUGCUGAACCCUGAGGGAGGCAAGAGUGGCAAGGCGCCCCGCCGCAGGGCUGCCUCAAUGGAUAGCAGCAGCAAGCUGCUCCGGGGCCGCAGCAAAACUUCCAAGAAGAAACCUUCUGUACUACCAGCUCCACCUGAAGGUGCCACUCCAAGGAGUCCUAUGGGCCACUUCACCAAGUGGUCGGGCAGUCCUUGUUCUCGAAAUCGCGAAGAAGCUGAUGUGUGGACAACUUUCCGUCCACGAAGCAGUUCAAAUGCUAGCACUGUCAGCACCCGGCUGUCCCCAAUGAGGCCAGAGUCUGAGGUGCUGGCGGAAGAGGAAAUGCCAGCCUCAGUCAGCAGCUAUGCAGGAGGUGUCCCUCCCACCCUCAACGAAGAUCUCGAGCUGCUGGACGGGCUCAAUCUUGCAUCUCCCCAUUCCUUGCUGUCUCGGAGCAGUCUCUCUGGCUUCUCUUUGCAGCAUCCUGGGGUUGCUGGCCCCUUACAUAGCUAUGGCACCUCCCUCUUUGGCCCAGUAGAUGGUCCUCUGUCAGUAGGAGAAGGGUGCUUCUCAAGCUCCCAGUCUCUAGAGGCCCUGCUCACCUCUGAUACACCACCACCCCCUGCUGAUGUUCUCAUGACCCAGGUAGAUCCCAUUCUGUCCCAGGCUCCCACACUUCUGCUGCUGAGUGGGAUGCCUUCCUCCAGUAAGCUGGCCACUGGAGUCAGCCUAUGUCCUAAGCCCCUAGAGGCUGCAGGCCCCAGCAACCUGGUUCCCACCCUUCCAGUGAUGGUACCACCUCCAGUAAUGGCAGGUGCUCCCAUUCCCAAGGCCUUGGGAACCCCUGUGCUCACAUCUCCUACUGAAGUUACAAGCCAAGACAGAAUGCCUCAGGAUCUAGAUCUUGAUAUGUAUAUGGAGAACCUGGAGUGCAAUAUGGAUAACAUCAUCAGUGACCUCAUGGAUGGUGGUGAGGGACUGGACUUCAACUUUGAGCCAGAUCCCUGAAACACAGCUGGAGAAAAGCUUUGUCCCCUGCUUCAGAGGUGGAGCCAGGCGUGUCCAUAUCCACUUUUCCCCCUUGAGCCCUCCCCAGAAGUUUGAGACCCUGCUUUAGAGCUAGGGUGAGGUCUGGUCACACACAAGAGUGUUGAAAAAAUUAUAAAGAUGAAGCUGUACCAUAUGGGGACUGUGGAGGGAGGGUGAUGGGAGGGAGAAGGGAAGAGGGUUUAUACUCACUGUGCCAAUUAGGGGGUAAUUAUGGCCCUUUCUCUGGAGCCAUCAUUGAUUUCCCCAUUCCCACCCCCUAGGCCUUAUAGCAGGGGCCAGCAAUGCUGUUGGAAAUGUGAAGUCACCAGUGGCCUUACCCCUGCCUUUGGGAGCAGGAUUUUUUUGUAGAGAGUCUUAUUAGAGUUGGGCCAGGUUGGGUUGAACCUGGGAUUUUUAUGCAGUGGCCCCUUAGGCCCGUGGGGGGGGGGCAGGGGGAAAAUUGGGGACCUAGAAGGGCCAAGGUCUGAGCACUGGAGUGGCUCACCAGGCCAAAUCACCUUUGGAAGGAUGCAGAUGACAGGAUUUUUAUAAACUUUUAAAAAAAUAUAAACACAAAUAGAGAUUUUUAACAGUGGCAAGGUGCUAGUGAUGGGGAGAACGCUUUUUUUCUUUCUGAAGGCUUUGUCAUAGUGACAUGAUACAAACACUACAGACAGUACUAAGGGAGACAUGGGGAACUUGGGGAGAGGCUGGUAGCAAUAGUGAAGUGGGGACAAACUCCCAUUUGGACUAGGUCUAGAAAAAGGUCUAUGCAUAGUUUGGAGUUUCCUUAAGGAAAAGAACCUAAGCCAGGUCCCCGCAUUUCUGUUAACUUGUGCCUAGAAGAGGGUGCUGUUGUGGCACAGCCACGCUCUUGUUUGACCCAAAGCGGGUUAAUCCUACCAGGGGAGAGUGCAUCAGGAGGCCUGGAAUUAGCUUGGGGUUUGGGAGGGCGUGGGAGGGUGAGAAAGAGGGAAGGAUUUAGGGUUGUACAGUUAGGUACAGAGACCUCCCUGUUCAAGGCCCAGGACAGCUGUCCCUGCCCUUCUUUUUCCUGGACUGCUGGGGUUAUGUGGAAGAGUGUGAUGGCAGGCUGGGCCAUGAAAAGGAACAGGGAAGGGGGAGCUUGGGGAGCUUGGCUGAGGGUCUGGGAAAUGAGCAGGGAUGGGGGGAAUGUGGAUCAGGUUUACUAGCACCUGCCAGGGAGGCCAUCUGGGGCUCCUCCACCCCAGCCCCCAGGCAGCCCCUCCCCGUGCCGGUUGCAUUGUCCCCACCCCCACCCCUGCUGUGGGUUCCCAUCAUUUCCUGUGUCAGUGCCUGGCCUACCCAGAUUGUAUCAUGUGCUAGGUUGGAGUGGGGAAGUGUGUCAAAUCAAUAAAUGAAUAAAUUCAAUAAAUGUCUAUAACCA